CGCUCAUUUAUAAACCGAUCCACCAAUCCAAAAUUGAUCAUUCUUUCAAUUCUGCUUAAUUACUCAAUUAUUUAAGUAGUCUCAAAUUUCUAAUCUUAUUCAUAAAAUGAAUUCCGUCACAAGUUUAAUUUUCUUCUUUUUAGUGAUAGCAGUUUCAGCUGCGCCACAAUUACCCGUACAAACACUGGAGGAUCCUGCUCCAGUUACAAAAAUUAUCACAUGCGGCGGAUUAAUUGACGCAUCCUCCGCUCAGAUCGACCUUCAGGUCGGAGGUUCUAUCAGAGCUGACCAGAGAUGCAUAUGGCUUGUUAAACCUCCCCUUAAUCGUCAACGGUUUAGCCUCACGUCAACCGGACUUGGGGAAAACGAUGGACUAUUUGUAUCCACGUAUAUGUUAGGAGUUGUUGGACCACCAAUUAAAAUCUCAACCGUUGGUCAGAAUCAUACCCUUACCAGCGAUUUGGUCAUGGUGACCUUAAGUGUCGGUCACGGUCCUACGAGAGGAUUCUCCUUGACGUAUUUCUCAUCCGGGUCAUACGUCGGUCCAGUUCUGACCGGGUACACCGAGCUGACCGCUACCGCGGGAAAUUAUUCAUACCCCGAAGACGGCGGAAACUACAGGAACAGUGAGAAUGCCUUGUUCGUUAUCGCCCCCUCGGUUCCAGGACGCCCCACAUUGCGAUUCACCUUUGUGGAGCUCGAGUUCGAAGGAAACUGCUCAUACGACUCUGUUCGAAUCUUUAAUUGGUUCGAUAACAAUUAUAUCGAGGUGUCAAGAUUUUGUGGAACAACUAUUCCUCCUUCUCUCACGCUUAUUGAAGGCGCUGGUAUCGUCACUUUUAGAUCUGACUCUAGCGAGGUCAGGAGAGGAUUCAAGUUCGAGUGGGUUUAAAGUUUUUUAAAUGUUUAUUUUGGUGAAUUUUGAAAUAUAUGAAAAUUGUUCUUAAACUUGACCAUAUGCACUUAUUAAAUGCAUAAAAC